GACAGCAUUUUAAAAAGAUGCGCCUGAAAAGAGAGAUGGAAGAAGCAGAAACCCUAAUCGCGGAGGAGGAAGAAGCAGAAGAAGGACGAUUCUUCGCAUGCUAUCUGUUGAGCUCUCGCAGCCCCCGCUACAAAGGCCACACCUAUAUUGGAUUCACAGUGAACACACGGCGUCGUAUAAGACAGCACAACGGUGAAAUAACGCAAAGUGCUUGGAGAACGAAGCGGAAGCGUCCAUGGGAGAUGGUGUUGUGCAUGUAUGGUUUCCCAACUAACGUUUCUGCUCUCCAGUUUGAAUGGGCCUGGCAGCACCCCAACUGUAUCGGAGGCGGUUAGGCAGGCUGCUGCAAGCUUCAAAUCACGGGGAGAGCUUGUCAGUAAGAUCAAACUUGCAUACACCAUGCUCACUCUCCCUCCUUGGCAGAGCUUGAACAUCACUGUAAACUUCUUUUCAACCUAGUACACCAAACAUUCUGCUGGUUGUCCACGCCUUCCAGAACAGAUGAAAGUCAAAGUCUGCUCCAUGGAUGAGCUUCGUUCCUGUACUAAACUAUCUGAUGACCUUUUGGAAAAUGAAGAUGAGCGGUGUCAGGAAAGGGAAUGUGAUGAAGAUAUGAAUUCCAGUACACUACCCGAAGAAACAUUAUUGGACUUCAGGACUCAUAAUUCAGCAGAUGAUCAGCAGAGUGAUAGUGGCAAUAGAAUUAGUGAAAUAUAUGGAUGCAGAAAAGAAGUAGGAGAAGAUGAGUGGUAUAAUGGAAAAGAAUGUGAUGAAGCUAUGAAAGAUGGUGCAUUACAGGAAGAAACAUUAUCAGAUCUUAUAGUUCAAAGUUCAGCAGAUGAUCAGCAGGAUGAUACUGGCAAGAUAAUUAACGAAGCAUAUGGAUGCAGUCAAGUAGUAGGAGAGGAUUGUACAGAGCAAUUUGGUUUUAUGGCAUCGCCAGUGAGAACGCCAUCUUCAAAUAUCACUACCUCAUUUGACACAGAAGUAACUAAAGAUAUAGGUUUGUGUGGAUCUUCUGAUGACAUGAGUGUUGAAUUGGGCCGACCUGCAAGGGAACAAUCAACAGCUAUAGUUGCAGACGAUGAUCAGUCUCCCAGCAGAAGCUAUCUCCGGCCUUGGCAGAGCUUGAACAUCACUGUAAACUUCUUUUCAACCCAGUACACCAAACAUUCUGCUGGUUGUCCAUGACUUCCGAAACAGAUGAAGGUCAAAGUCUGCUCAAUGGAUGAGCUUCCUUCCUGUAAUAAACUAUCUGAUGACCUUUUGGAAAAUGAAGAUGAGUGGUGUCAUGAAAGGGAAUGUGAUGAAGAUAUGAAUUCCAGUACACUACCCGAAGAAACAUUAUUGGACUUCAGGACUCAUAAUUCAGCACAUGAUCAGCAAAGUGAUAGUGGCAUUAGAAUGAAUGAAGAAUAUGGAUGCAGUAAGGAAGUAGGAAAAGAUGAGUGGUAUAAUGGAAAGGAAUGUGAUGAAGCUAUGAAAGAUGGUACAUGACAGAAGAAACAUGAUCAGAUCUUAUAAUUCAAAGUUCAGCAGAUGAUCAGCAGGAUGAUACUGGCAAGAUAAUUAACGAAACAUAUGGAUGCAGUGAAGUGGUAGGAGAGGAUUGUACAGAGCAAAUGGCACUACCUCAUUUGACGCAGAAGUAACUAAAGAUAUAGGUUUUUGUGGAUCUUCUGAUGACAUGAUUGUUGAUUUGGGCCGACCUGCAAGGGAACAAUCGACAGCUAUAGUUCCAGACGAUGAUCAGUCUCCCAGCAGAAGCUAUCUCCGGCCUUGUGGAGCUGAGGUAAUAGAUUUGACAACUCCAGCUCCCCUAUGACUUGACUGGUUCUCCCAAUUUCAUCCAACUGUAGAAUAGAAUGUUGUACAUGUGUACUACAAACAAUCAAACAAUUGUACAUAUAUGUUUGAUGAUUUUAUCGAAUAAUUUAGAGGAAUUCAGUGUCAUCUUUGCCUGAUGGCACAUUGUAAUCACAAUAUAUAGUAAUAGCCUUCUGGUUAAAGUCUUACAGUUUGAAUGAAAUAA